CGUGGCGUUGUUAGAGUUGCCACACAUGGCUAGAUGGGUUUAGACCGAUAAAAUGGCAGGGUUAGGCAUUGGAUAUUUGGGUCUAAUAUAUUUGUUAUUUCAUUUCUGCUACCUCACAGGUAGAUAUGGUUGUUAUUGUCAAGAGGAAUGUAAUAUUGGAUGCACGGAUACCGGAUGUAAUAAUACGACAGGUGUCUGUACAGAAUGUAAACCGGGUUUUUCUGGAAACACUUGUGACACUUGCAAACAGGGUUUAUUUGGUACUGACUGUACAAUGGAUUGCCAUAUAAUUAAUUGCAUAGGCGACUGUGACAAAAUCAACGGGAGUUGUGCUAAAUGUAAAGUUGGUUUCCAUGGUAAUAAUUGUCAACAAACGUGUAGCAGUGGGUGCAAUGAAGGAGUUUGUAGUAAAACUACUGGUGAUUGUACGGAUGGAUGUAACGAUGGAAAAUUUGGUUCAGACUGUAUCAAAAGAUGUGAUAUUACUAAUUGUGUAGAUAACUGUAACAUAAAUACAGGUUACUGUAUGGAAUGCAAACCUGAUUGGUUUGGUAAAAACUGUGAAUCAAAAUGCUCCGGAAGCUGUGAAGGUAACUGUGGUAAAAUUACGGGCCACUGUACGGAAUGCAAACCUGGUUGGUUUGGUGACACCUGUGAAUCUAGAUGCUCUGUAAACUGUAAAAGUGAGUGCAGUCAAGCGAAUGGUAGAUGCAACGAAUGCAAAUCUGGAUUGUUUGGUGAUGGUUGCACCGAACAAUGCCCUGUCAACUGUACAGAUACCUGUCAAAGGUCUGAUGGCAAAUGUUAUGAGUGUAAACCUGAUACAGUUGGGUCUCACUGUAACGGUACGUGUGGAUCUGGAUGUGUACCUAUGAUCGGAACGUCUGGGGGAACCUGUAAUAGAGAUGGCGUAUGUACUACAUGUAUUGAAGGAAAAUAUGGUACUUUAUGCGAUAUUAAUUGCAGUGUCAACUGUGUUGCUGGAUGUGCGAGAUCUGGUGGUAGAUGCGGCGAUUGUAUUAAAGGUAAAAGUGGAGAUAUGUGUAAUAAGUACUGCAAUGAUAACUGUACUAUAUGUCAACAAACUGACACCAAUGAUUGUUCUGGAUGUAUUGAUACAAGAUGGGGAACAUCAUGUAAUAAACCAUGUAGUUCUAACUGUAAUGGUAGUUUAUGUCAUCACGUGACCGGGCUUUGUUUGUAUGGUUGUAUAGCGGGAAAGACUAGAAACAGUUGUAUAGAAGAUUGUCCUGCAGGUCUGUAUGGUAUGGGUUGUGAGAAUAAAUGCGGUAACUGUGCUAACAAUACACCAUGUCAUGUUGUUAAUGGAGAAUGUGGAACAAUUGGAUGUUUGCCAGAUUUUACAGGAACAUCAUGUCAACAACUAGCGUUAAAAGAUGACUUCAUAAGCCUUGCUGCGAGUGGUGGUAUUGGUGCUCUGGUUGGAAUAAUAUUUACCAGCGUUUUCUGUAUCGUGGGCUUUGUUUUCUAUAGUAAAAGAAAACUGCAGUCUUCAAGUGCAGCAAAGACAUCAACUACCGACGAAGAGUCUUAUGCCAAGUUGAAGAAAUUAUCAGUGAAUAAAGAAAGAAUAUACGAAACCUUACAAACAUCGACGCCAUCCACCAACGAACAACGUGUUACGUAUGAAAACAUUGAUACAACUGCUUUUUCCAAGAAUGAUGUAAACGAUACCUACGUAAAUUUAGAUACAAAAGCAGAUUCUCAGGCCGAGUCAAAUACAUACGAAAAUUUUGGACUUAAGUAAAAGCCUCGACAUUAAUAUGAUCAAAAAAGACAAUUCUAAUUUUAAUUUUUCUAUUUAUCAUUAAAGGAUAUGAAUGCAGACCACCAAGUUUCUCUCCUUUUGCACGGCUAUUUUUGUUCACCUUUUUUGAUCUAAAAACUGUGUGGUGGAUUUGAAUUGAUCUUGUGGUUUAGAGAUUGUAGGUUAAUAGGUAAUUUAGUCCGAAGUAAAUUUGGAUACAAAGUUGGAGCCUGGAAAAGAGAUCGGAGCCAAUAUGGAAAUUAUUGGCGGUCUGCAUCCGUAAAAGUAGAUUAAUCGUCUGUUGUCUCCCUUGUAUUAGAGCUUUCAAUGUGCAUGUCGGUUGCACUGGACUGAUAAUGUUUCGAGUAUAGCCGUUGACUGAAAAUUAGCUGCUUACAAAAGACCCUAAGAUUCCCGAGAAAGAUCGUUUAGAAUUAUAUGAUUUAGGUCAUUAAUCGUUAUUGAUAACGGUGUUUUAAUUCAGUACAGAUGUUUAAAAGAUAAACGUCAGAAAUAAUUUGAAAGUUUUGAGAUUAAACAUGAAUAUGAUUUUUUUGUUGAGAUUAAAGAUAAAUAUGAAAUUUCGACCUUUAGGAAAAAUUUUUGAUGUCAUAAAUAAAUAAAUCUUAACCCAUGUAAUUAUUGAAGAUCCAAGUAAACAUUGACUGGUCAGACUAACAGCGGCGCUACGAUUUACCCAAUACUACUCGGUUCACUCCCAUUCGACUACGUCCGGUUCCGACUACACCGCAUUUCGACUACAAAUUUUAUUACUCUCAAAAUCCUGACCCCCAAGUAAAUCAGCAAUGAACUGUUCCACUGAUUAAGAGAUCUAAUUAAGGUAAUGAUUAUUGUUA